AUGGUAAAAACUAUUAAUGAAGAAGAAUGCACAAGCAGGAGAGGCUCAGCAGUUGCCAGCAGUAGCUACAGAGCUCCAAAUGAUGUUGUCCACCAGAGAGUCGGAGACACUUUGACCUCCGCAGCUAUCGCUGAACGCCUGGGCCACACCCACAUGGGAAUGGAGAGGCUGCGGGAGGCCUGUGUGGUUUAAAUUUACUAAGAAUGGAGAAUGAAGAACAAUGAAGGAUUUUAUGGAAACACAGACCUUGCCAACCUCUGCCUUGGCAAAUCAAGCCCAAAGUCCCAGUAUCAAUACAUGAAGUUCCACUCUGAAUUUGUCUACCCAAGUAUGCAGUAUUUAGCAGAUGCUGUGAGGGAAGGAAAAAACCAAAUUCAAUCAAUAUAUGGUACUUCAGAAAAAGAUUGUUUUAAGGCCUUGAACAGUUCAGAGGAACAACAGCAAAGAUUCUCCAAUGCCAUGGAGGAUGCUUGGAAUCUUUAUGGUGAGGAAGUAAUGUCUGCAUUGGAUCUUUCUUGUUUCCAUGUUGUUUGUGAUUUGGGGGGUGAUGCCUUUGUGAAAAAAUAUGUUUCAUUGUACCCAAAUUCUACUGUGACCAUUUUUGACCUACCUGAAGUGGUGGAAAGAGCUAAGUGUUUUGUGUCCUCAGAGGAUCACCGGAUUACUUUUCAGAGUGGUAAUUUUUUUAAUGAUCCAGUUCCUGAAGCUGAUCUUUAUAUCUUGGCUAGAAUUCUUAAUACCUGGGAUGAUGAAAAGUGUUUGUCUCUACUAACUAAACUACAUAAGGCUUGUAAGCCUGGUGGUGGUGUCUUUGUAGUGGGCACAGUUCUCAAUGAAGAUAGAAGUGGGCCUUGGGAAGCCCACAUCUACUCCAUACUGAUGCUGCUUCAUGCUGAAGGAAAAGAACGGACCCCAUCUGAAUACAAUGCACUCCUUGGUGCAGCUGGCUUCAAGGACAUGCAGUUCAAGAAAAGAAGAGUAUUUGAUGUUAUUUUUGGAAGAAAAUAA